AUGGCACUGAGGAUGCUGACUGCAGCCAGCAGCUCCGUGAAGCCAAUUUUCUCACUUUCCAUUUUUGGCCACAUUUGGAAAGUGUUUCAUAGCCCUAAGAUUUCUCGGAGGCACCUGUUCACUCACAUUGUUAGUAACAUAGCUACUCCAUCAGCUAAAUAUGGUGGACGUCACACAGUGGCUAUGAUUCCCGGAGAUGGUGUUGGCCCUGAACUUAUGCUGCAUGUCCAGACGGUGUUCAGACAUGCCUGUGUGCCUGUGGACUUUGAGGUGGUACAAGUGACCUCCUUGUCUCCGGAGAAGGAAGUUUACAAUGCCAUUCAGGCAGUUCGUCGAAACCGCAUCUGUUUGAAGGGUAACAUCGAAAUGGAUCACAACUUGCCACUGGAUCACCAAUCCCGUAACAACAUGCUUCGUACCUCUCUGGAUCUCUAUGCCAAUGUCAUCCAUUUCAAGAAUCUGCCAAGUAUAGAGACCCGGCACAAGAACGUAGACAUCAUAGUUGUUCGAGAAAACACAGAGGGUGAGUACAGCAACCUGGAGCAUGAGGGUGUGAAAGGCGUAGUAGAGAGCCUGAAGAUUAUCACAAAGGUCAAGUCAUUGCGCAUUGCCGAGCACGCCUUCCAGCUAGCCCAGAAGAUGAGGCGCCAAAAAGUGACAGUAGUGCACAAGGCCAACAUCAUGAAGCUAGGAGAUGGACUCUUUCUUAAGUGCUGUGAGGAAGUAGCAAGUCGCUAUCCUCAGCUCUUCUUUGAAAACAUGGUUGUGGACAAUGCUACCAUGCAAUUGGUAUCCCACCCCCAACAGUUUGAUGUCAUGUUGAUGCCCAAUCUCUAUGGCAACGUUAUCAACAACGUCUGUACAGGAUUGGUGGGAGGGGCUGGCGUGGUACCUGGAGCCAACUAUGGCAGCAUGUGUGCAGUGUUUGAGACAGCCUCCAGGCAAUCAGGCAAAAACGUAGCCAAUAGGAAUUUAGCCAACCCGACUGCCAUGCUACUAUCAAGUUGCAAUAUGCUAGAUUACCUCAAACUCCACUCUCAUGCCACCUGCAUUCGGAAUGCAGUUUUGAGAUCCAUUGAGAACAAAGCUAUCCAUACACCAGACAUGGGAGGCAAAGGCAGCACAUUGGAUAUCAUUCACAGCAUCACAAAGAAAAUUCCACACAUUGGUUAA